UCGACCUUCUAAAAAUAAUUCCUGCAUUUUCCAUUUCAGCAUACUUACUUGGAGGCGCUGUUCCGUCGACAGACCGCGGGAUGUUGUGCGUUCGUGCACUGCGCACUUUUGCGUCAUUGGGCGCUCCAUCAAGCUCUCGAGCAUUGACACACGUGUUCCGAACGACCAAUGCAACCAACUCCAUAGCUCGCACUUACGCUACACAUUUUGCAUCAGGUUCAAAAAAUGAGCCUAAAGCUACAUCUCUAGAUGUCGACACCAACGUCUUCAAGACCUACAAACCCGUUUCUCCCGGUAUUCGUCACCUUCGUCGACCCAUAAAUGACCACCUCUACCAAGGGAAGCCCGUUCGUCUGCUAACGGCUUGCCUCCGCAAACAUGGUGGUCGUAACUCUCACGGGCGCAUCACCGUCCGCUUUCGCGGUGGUGGUCACAAGCGUCGUGUACGUCUCAUCGACUUUAUGCGCACCGAGCCUGGAGAGUACGAUGUCAUCCGUAUCGAAUACGAUCCUGGACGCUCAGCACAUAUUGCUCUUAUCAAAGCACGAGACGCCAAUGUGGAGGGGAAGGCGAAGUGGAAAUACAUACUCGCUACUGAGGGAAUGAGGCCGGGGGAUGUUGUGCAGAGCUAUAGGAUGGGUAUGCCUGAAACCACGGGUAUGCUCCGUACUAGGACGGUUAGGCCUGGCAAUGUUCUUCCUAUUCGGUUCAUUCCUACUGGCACGGUCAUUCACUGUGUUGCGCUUUUACCUACGGGCAGGGCGUUGCUCGUGCGCUCUGCUGGCUCCUUCGCUCAGGUCGUGCACCAUGAUGAGUCUGGACGGUACAGUCAUGUGCGCCUUCAGAGCGGUGAAAUCCGCCAAGUCCUACAAGAUUGUUGCGCUACCAUCGGACGCGUAAGCAACCUCAAUUGGAAAGGGAGGAAGAUAGGAAAGGCGGGGAGAAAUCGGUGGUUGGGGUGGAGACCACGAGUCCGAGGUGUUGCCAUGAAUGCCAAGGAUCACCCUCAUGGUGGUGGACGUGGUAAAUCCAAGUCCAAUAAGCAUCCUGUCUCUGUUUGGGGCUGGGCCACGAAAGGCAAACGUACGCGUAAACCUGGACCCAAGGGCCCUAAGAACAGUAAUAAGAUGGUCAUUCGGGAACGCCCUAGGGGCAAGGAGAAGCGCGCGGGUGGUUCUUAAGCUAAUUCUGUUUUGCCAUAUCCAUCCUAGUGAUUUGACCUUGUUUUACUGAGAUAUGGGAGGCUUGCGUUCAUUAAUGCAUGCUCGGGAUUGUAAUACCCUUUAUAUUUACCGUGCGUGGACUGAUAGACCUUGAUAGGGAUACAUAUGA